GGAACUUUAUGCGGUAAAUAUGUAAGUGAACUUUGAAGUUUUCUGACAUUAGUGCGUCCUUAGUAUUAUUUGAACUGUUAUAAAAAUUGCGGCAGUAUUGAUGAAGAGGACAUUAUAUUUUUUCGUUUGCGCAUUGUUUACAAUGGCUACGUCUGCGAGUGAUCCAGUUGAUCCUACUGAUCAGAGUGCAUACGGUUCUGUUAAAUCAAGAUCAGCGAAAAACUCUGAACGUUCAUCAAAAAGAUCGUCUGUUAUUUCAUUGAAGUUAAUUCAAGCAGCCGAGGAAGCAGCUGUUAUUGAACAGAAAUUAAAGUAUCAUUCCAUAGAAGCCGAAAAGAAAUUAGAACUUGAAAAUAUUCAGCUACGUAAAGAUUUGGAUAUUGCGAAUGCAAAGGUGAAUGCUCUUCGAAGAUUUGAAAAUGAAGAUUUUAAAGUUGAAUCCAUGAUACCAGUAUGUGAACAAAAUAAGUCAGAACUUGUCGCAACCUUUGUGAAUAGUCAUAAUUUUUCUACAGAUUAUGGUGAUCCGCCUCACUUGUCACCUGCAGUUAACCCUAUUAACCCUGUGAGUUCGAUAAGUAAACCUGUCAUUCCUGCCAGUUCACCUUUGGUGUUUUUACCGCCGCCCCAAAUUCCAGUUAGUGAUGUAUAUAAUAAUACCCCACCUAUGAACAAUGCUGAUCACUCUCAUGCGUCACAGUCCGCUCCUGCCCAAGUGUCUUCCGCUGUACAUGUACCUGCCAGUGACUUGGUUCGUAUUUUGACAGAUCAGGCUAACUUUAAUAGAUUACCCCCUCCAGAACCAGGUGUGUUUUCCGGUGACCCUUUGAAAUAUCCAAACUGGAAGUGUGCCUUUAAAACACUGAUCGAACAUAAGAACAUUCCGAAAGAACAAUGUAUGCAUUAUCUGCAUCGAUAUAUCAGUUUGAAGAUGCAAAGUCAUUGCUUGAAAAGCGAUAUGGCGAUCCAUUUAUUGUGGCUAAUGCAUUUAGGGACAAAUUAGAGGCUUGGCCAAAAGUACCUAACCGAGAUGGUCCUGCACUGCGUCAUUUUGCGGAUUUUCUUAAACAGUGUUACACUGCGAUGCGAACAAUUAAUUGCCUUAAUGUACUGAAUGAUAUGCGUGAAAAUAGAAAACUGUUAAAUAAACUCCCUGAUUGGUUGGUGAUGCGUUGGGGAAGAACUGUUAGUGAUUAUAGAAAAAAGAGACAAGAGUUCCCUCCCUUUAGUGAAUUUGUUGGCUUUGUGACUGAUGAAGCAGACAUUGCAUGUGACCCUUUAACUUCCAUUACAUAUGCGCCUAAUAAGAAAGAACAUGUUCCUUCAACAAAUCAACGUAGAACUGCAUUUUCAACUGAAAUAAAGGAAUAUUCGAGUUAUGUUCCAGAAAAUUGUGCCUUUUGUCAUAGAU